AUGGCUCCUCGACCUGACACUUUCCAAGCCACUACUACUGACGGGGCCGUUCCUAUGAGAAUGGGAAUGAUUGACUUGGAAUUCCCAUCCCCUAGUACUUCGGUUCUCACCUCAUCACCUUUGCAACAAGUGGUGGUUCUGGUGGACCCAAUGUCGACUGGUGUCAUCCUUCAAGAUAAGGUUUUUGAAUCUGGCAUCUACAGUGUCGUCAUUGUCUGGAGCGACAGAUCUCAGCCUGCUGCUCGUGAGAAACAUUUCAAGAACUCUGGACGUCCGCGGGAAGACUUUUUGGGCGUCAUCACCCACGAAGAUGGAGCGCUGGAGGAUACUCUUCUUGCUAUCUUGGCGGCUACCACCAAUAUGACGGUUGCAGCUGUAAUGUGCGGCAGCGAGUUUGGUGUCCUGUUGGAAGAUCAAAUCGCCGACGGUCUCAACCUAAAGUUGGGUACUACUCACCUUCGAGGAAGUGGAAUUCCCAUUCUCAACACCAAAGUUGACAAGCAUUUGCAAGCCAACACCAUUCGCGAAAGCGGUCUCGAUGCUGUCCGAGAAAAGCUUGCACUCUGCGAAGCUGAUGUCAAAGCCUUUCUAGACGAGAAUCACGAACCCGGAACUUCCUUUGUGGUCAAGCCACAAACAGGUGCUGGAUCUGUUGGGGUCACCUUUUGCGACUCGCCAAAGGCUGUCUGGGAAGCCUACUACAAGAUUCUUGUGGGAGAACAUAAGGCCCAUUGCCGAAACAAGUACCGCCACUACGACCAAGCCGGUGUCCUUCUCCAAGAGUAUUUGAAGGGAACAGAAUACAUUGUCAACUCUGUUGUUUGCGACGGUAGAAUCAAGACCACCGCCAUGUGGAAGUACGACAAGCGUCCAUACAAUGGCGCCGCCUUUGUUUGUUUCAGCAAGGAGCUCCAAGUCAUUUCGGAUCCCAAUUGUGAGGAGAUCCUAGAGUACACCGAAAAGGUUCUCAAGGCUGUCGGGUUCCAAAGUGGAGCCAUCCAUGCCGAAGUCAUGUACACUGCACGAGGACCUGUUUUGGUCGAGCUCAAUUGCCGUCUGCAUGGUGGCAAUGGAGCCUGGGUGCGACCGGCGGAAAUCUGCAUGGGCUACGACCAAUUGUCCAUGUUGAUGGACGUCUACCUCAAUGGAGGCAAGCUUUUUGAUUGCAUUCCGUCUCGACCAAUGACAGCCAAUAGCUACUGUCAACAAGUCAAGAUGCGCUCUCACAUUGAGGGAGUCUUGGCGAGUGUGAUUCCGUCCCAGUGGAAAAGAAUCGAGGCAUUGCCAUCGUACUACAGCCACCUAUUUGGAGUUUCCAAAGGUGAUAAUCUCUUGAAAACAGUGGAUAUGCCCUCCGUUCCAGGAGAAGUGACACUUGUCCACACUGACAAGGAUCAACUUGCCGCUGACUAUGAGAAGCUGAACGAAAUCUUGGCAGAGGGCAUCUUUCAAGUGGAAGAAGCGUCCUAA